AUGGAAUUCACUCCUUAAUCGUCACCCUAAGGAAGUUCCACAGAAAUAAAAAAACAGAUAGAUAUAAAACAUGAUGGUUCUUUGACUUUGCAAGAGUUGAAAUCUAAUUAAACAAUCAUAACUUAGAUAUACUAGAGUUGAAAUCAAUUUAAAAUGUAACAAGAUUCAGGUUUAAUUAUUUCUAUGUGAGAAUAUAUGAUAGAGAAAGUCGAUUGCAAGCUUAUGUUAGAAGUGAAAAUUUGAAAUUACAGACAUUUAAGAUGUAUAUUUUCUACAGUAGCUAAAUUUCCUACUAGUUUUAUUUGUGAA